GGUAAUAUCAAACAUACAAGAUUCUUACAUCGGUUACCUCGAACAUUUAACAACACAAAAGAUGGUUGUAAAUAACGUAAUGUCUGAGGUCUGAAAACAGAUAUAAAAUAAAAUAAUGAUAUUUUAUUUUUGAAUAGUUUUUUUAAUCACAAAAAUGAGCAAGGAAGAGGAUCGUGCAAAUGAAUAUUUAGCUGAAGCUAAAAAAAAUAUCGAAUCAUCCAAAGGAUUCUUUGGUCGCAUGUUUGGAGCAACAUCAAAGAUUGAAGAUGCUUCCUCUUUAUAUUCAAGAGCUGGAAACUCAUUUAAGAUAGCUAAAAAUUGGAAAGCUGCAGGUGAUGCAUUUUGUGAAGCUGCAAAGCUUCAAGAAAACCAGCUUCAAAGUAAACACGAAGCUGCAUCUCAGUAUGUUGAAGCUGCAAAUUGUUAUAGAAAGUCUAACUUUGAAGAAGCUAUUAACUGCUUACAACAAGCUAUAGAAAUUUACACUGAAAUGGGUAGAUUUUCCAUAGCUGCAAAACACCAUAUUACAAUUGCAGAAAUUUAUGAAACAAACUUAGCUGAUAUCAAUGAGGCAAUUAAUCACUAUACCAAAGCUGCUGAUUUUUAUAAAGGUGAAGAAUCAAACAGUGCUGCAAACAAGUGCUUGUUAAAAAUGGCUUUCUACUAUGCGCAACAGGAAAAUUAUAAAAAAGCUAUAAGUAUAUAUGAAGAUGUCGCUGCAGUUUGCAUUGAAAGUCCACUCCUUAAAUACAGUGCUCGUGAGCAUUACUUUAGAGCGUCGUUAUGUUGGCUUUGCUUGGAUAUCGCUGCUGUGGAGGUUGCCAUUAACAAGUAUCUGGAAAUGUUUCCGGCAUUAGAAGAUUCUAGAGAACUUAAGUUUUUAAAUAAAUUAGUUGAAGCCGUUAAAGAAGAAAAUAUUGAUCAUUUUACGGAAGCAGUUCGUGAAUAUGACUCAAUUUCGCGCCUUGACCAGUGGUAUACAACAUUGCUGCUUAGGAUAAAGAAGAGUUUCACGGGAGAUGACAUUGAUAUAAACUAGUUGUUUUCUUUGAACGUAAAAGCAAUUUUUUUGGAGUAGAUAAAGAUUCUUAUUA